AUGAAAUCUCUACUGGAAGCCCUUUCAGACACAACUUUCAGGACAAUUACGACAGACCUCCUUUAUAUUGCAUCUAAUGAAGUUCAAUACGAUGACAGUAAGUUGGACCUCAACAUGACAAAAGUUGGUUAUGUCACACAGAAUCGGCACCCCUCCCUUGGAAAGGGCAAUCCCCACCUAGAGAAAAUGACAUCAGGGGAGGAACUUAUAUCCAGUGCCAACCUCCAUGAUUCAGUGAAUGCUAGUAACUUCCUGUACAACCAAUCAAUUGUGAAUGAUACAAUAAAGUGUGGAGAAAACUUCAUGGACAUGGAAUGCUUUAUGAUUCUGACCCCCAGUCAACAGAUGGCAAUUGCUGUAUUGGCAUUGACUUUGGGGACUUUCACGGUCCUAGAGAAUGUAUUGAUUCUGUUCGUCAUUAUCCGAUCUCGCACUCUCAGAUACAAACCAUCUUAUCAUUUUAUUGGCAGCCUGGCUGUUGCUGACCUUUUGGGCAGUGUGAUAUUUGUAUAUAGUUUUGUAGAUUUCCACGUGUUUCAAACGAAAGACAGCCCAAGUGUCUUCCUAUUCAAACUAGGUGGCGUCACCGCUUCUUUCACUGCUUCAGUGGGUAGCCUCUUCCUGACUGCCAUAGACCGAUACAUCUCUAUACACAAGCCUCUUGCCUAUAAGAGGAUUGUCACACGGCCAAAGGCAGUUGUCGCUUUCACUGUCAUGUGGACCAUCUCUAUAAUAAUUGCCGUCCUCCCUCUGUUGGGCUGGAACUGUAAAAAACUGAAAUCUGUCUGCUCCGAUAUCUUCCCACUCAUUGACGAGAAUUACUUAAUGUUCUGGAUUGGUAUUACUAGCGUCUUGUUGAUUUUUAUCAUUUAUGCCUAUGUCUAUAUACUGUGGAAGGCUCACGCCCAUGCUGUCCGCAUGAUUCAACGUGGCACCCAGAAGAGCAUAAUUGUCCAGGUGGCUGAAGGCACCAGGGUGCAAACUGUUCGACUUGAUCAAACCCGCAUGGACAUCCGGCUGGCCAAGACACUUGUCCUCAUCCUUGUCGUUCUCAUUAUCUGCUGGGGUCCUCUCCUUGCCAUCAUGGUGUACGAUGUCUUCGGGAAAAUGAACAAACUGGUAAAGACAAUAUUUGCCUUCUGCAGUAUGCUGUGUUUGCUCAAUUCAACAGUCAAUCCUAUUAUCUAUGCUCUGAGGAGCAAAGAUCUGAGGCAUGCUUUCCGUAGCAUGUUCUGCUCCUGUAAGGGAGCUUCAGCCCAGCCACUGGAAAACAGCCUCGAGUCAGACUGCCAGCAGAAGCAAGCAAACUAUCCUGGCACCAUGCAAGCAGCAGCCAGGAACUGCAUCAAAAGCACUGUGAAAGUAGCUCAAGUGGCCAUCUCCGUCUCCACGGAGACAUCAGCUGAGGCUGUGUGA